GCUGCGGAACGGCGUGGAAGUGCUGGCGGUGCAGGAAGCAGCAGCAGCAGAAAGCGGCCUUGUUGCUGUUGCUGCUGCUGUUCGCGGGGGAGUGCUGCAGGAGCCGCUGCACCUGCCGGGGCUGUCUUUGCUGGUGGCCCACUGCACCUUCAGGGGCGAGCGCCUGCAACAGCAGCAGCAGCAGCAGCAGCAGCAGCAGCAUGAGUCGUUUGCUGCUCUCGUCGAAGCACUUGGGGGGCCGCAGCCGCUGCACCUGGCGGUCUCCGAAGGAGACACUUCGGUGGCUUUUCAACAGCAGCAGCAGCAGCAGCAGCAGCAACAGCAACAACAGCAACAGCAGCAGCAGCAACAGCAACAGCAGCAGCAGCAGGGUGUGUUUGUUGCUGCUUGCUGCACAGGUCCCCCUGGAAGGUUUGUCUGCUGCUCUGUCUGGCUUUGCAGCAGCUUUUGGUGCUCCUAG